AUGCCACGCCAAACACGUCAAAAAAGAGCCGCCCAGACAAGAAUGCGAAAAGUGCAGAAUAAAUACGGUAUCCACAGGCCCAGUACUAGGAUAAUUGAAGAACCAACUUGUUCCGCCGACAAACCCCUUUUGAAUGACGAUAAAGACCUUUCCAUUCAUGCCAAGAUUGCCAAUCCUACAUUUGAAAGAGAUUCAACUGAAAAUGUAGAGCUAUUGAAAACGAUUACCGGAGAUAAGCCAAUGAUCACACCGGAACCUAUAAUUACAGCGAUUGAAGUGGAAACAGCUACCAGUAUAACCGCCACUACACAAUACACUAGAGUGGAAGGAUUGCCAUUUUUGACAGAGCAUAAACAUAUGGAUGCUACCAAACAUUUACCUUGCAAAUUAGAUGAGAAAACUAGCUCAAAUGAGGGGAAUUCUGAAUAUGUACCCGAGCAGGACCAGCUAUCUUUUGUUUCUCCUGAUAUCUCUAGUGGAGUCCUCCAAGCUGAACCUUCUACAAAUCAACAGAAAGUAAAGUCUGAAGACCAGCUGGGACUGAAAAUUGGAGCUGUCCGAAAGACCCGAGAAACCUACAAAAAGAACUCACGAACAACUCUGUGGCGUAGACGUAAAGCAGCUUUACUUGCAAUGUCAAAGAGUGAUACAUCUGCCGAGAGUAAGGAGUGUAACCUCAGUAUACCAAAUCAGCAGCCUGAAUGUAGUGAAACUGAUAAGCUUGCAAACCGCGAGAAAAUAGAAAAAAAAAUAGAAAGAGAAAAGAAAAAGAAAGAGAAAGAAGAGAAAAAGAAGAAUGAGCUUAACUUCUUUCAAGAUGCUUAUACAAAGCUCGAUGAGAAGGCUUUGGCUGCAAACGCAUCAGCCAUUUCUGUGCCAAACAGUGGAGAACCUUAUGAAUCCCAUAAACACUUGGCUGUUAAGCAGUAUAUACAAUUCAGACUCCAAGGUAUGAAGAAAAUGGCCGCUUCUGAACGAGCAGCAAAAAAUGUCUGGCCUACAUCGUCUACCUACCGCCCAGCAUCCAUUCGUAGAUGGGCCAAUGAAUAUCUCAAUUCGGGGAAAAUUUCGAUCAGCCGUCAAGGAAAACAUGCAAAACGCAAACCAUUAACCAAGUCUACUGAUGAGAAAACGGAAACUUGUGAAGAAUCCUAG